AUGCUUGCUCUUGAAAGUCUCCUCAAAAGGCCACAACAUGACAAAAAGGGAUUUGAUGAGCUGCUUGCAACGACAGCGACCGACCGGAACGAGUGCAAGGAAGGAAUCGCUGAUGGUGGCUACAGUGAAAUGGAGCAGAAACGCCACGACGACGAGUUGACUUCCACGAUACUCGAGAGUCUCAGAACCCCAAAUCGUCGCACACAACACGAUACGCCGACUUUUGCAGGUACGAACAUUGCAAGCAACGCCGUGUACGCAUGCAUCACCGACGUCCUUAGUGCUUUUCAGAAAGACAAAAUGCAUCCUAUUGUGGAUACAUGGAAACGAGAUAUUGAAGAGACAGAAAAUCAGCUCAAAUUGGGAGCAAGAGUUGCACUUAAGAACGUGAGAGAGGUUUUGGGAGCUAAGGUAGCAGGCGGUGAUGCGAAAGGACUAGCUGAUGAAGAUGGAGACAUGGACAUGAAUGUAGGUGGAAAGGCGCAGCUGACUUGUGAGUUACUGGAGAGCCUGAGGUAUGCAGAAAGGGGAGUCAAGCGCAUGACCAAAGGGCUCCCCAUGAACCAAGGCCGCUGA